GUUUUGAAUCUAUUUUUUGAUCCCACCUUUCCAUGCUAGUUUCACUCUUCCAUCUCAUCCACUUUACCCAAACUCUUUCCUCUCCUCGCUUCCCAUUCCCCUUCCCAAGCAGCUUCCUCCCCUUGAUUUAUUAUAGCUACAACCAUCUAAACCUGGUGCUGCCGCAGUCGCCACAGCCUUUUGCCUUUGCGCAUGUCAACAUUCUCGCUAGUGGAGGAGACCUCGGUGGAACAGUCGGAACAUUCGUGCUUUGGUUUUGGUUGGCCACACAUUUUGAGGAAUUGUGUGGACUGCAGAUAUUGGGUUGUCUGUUCUGAAGGUUGAUGUUUCUCAAUGGGUGGGUUUACGUAAGUGUUGUUGCUGAUGAAUGCUGUCGAUGAUACUUCACAAGAUACAACACUACUGGUAUCGGUCCGUUUUAUAUCUUUCCCAGAUUGGAGGACGCCGGCAGCUGGUUACAUCUGAGCACGAUGGGCAACAUGCUUAAGGUAUCACGGCUGUUUAAUACGUCCACGUCGUUUAGAACGGCGUCAAACUACCAAGGCUUUGUGCCCACAGUACUAUCAAAC